CUUUCAUCAUUAAAACAUAGCAAACUUAAGAAGAGUGGGGAAACAACCUUUCCCCUCUCCUUUCCUCUUAUUCCCAAAAACCAUUCCUCCAAAAAAAAUAAAAAAACUUUCCCCUCUUUUUUACUCUCUUUUUCCAAACAAAAGAUGGUUAAUCUCAUUCCCAAACCCCUAGAAAACGAAACAGUGAAUGAUCAAUUACUCGAGGAAACAAACAAGGUAUUAGGGAAUGGGAAAAAACAAGGGAAAAAGUUUGCAGUAUUAUUAUGUGCAGAAGACUCAGAAUAUGUAAAGAAAAAAUAUGAAGGAUAUUUUGGGGUAUUUGUAAGAAUGUUAGGAGAAGAAGGAGAAAGUUGGGAUGUUUAUAGAGUUGCAGGAAAUGAAUUCCCAAAUGAAAAGGAAUUAGGAAUGUAUGAUGGUUUUGUUAUUACUGGAAGUUGUAGUGAUGCUCAUUCUAAUGAACUUUGGAUCUGUAAACUUUUGAAUCUUCUCAAAGUAUUGGAUUCAUUGAAAAAGAAGGUUCUUGGCAUUUGCUUCGGUCAUCAGAUAUUGGGCCGAGCGUUGGGAGGAAAGAUAGGCCGGGCUAAUUCGGGCUGGGAUAUCGGGCUUAGAACAGUUCAUUUCUCAUCCUCAUCAAACAAACUAUUCACUAACCUCAAAGUUCCUGCUAUGCUCAACAUAAUUGAAUGCCACCAAGAUGAGGUAUUGGAACUUCCUCCCCAAGUUGAGGUGAUAGGUCGGUCCAACAAAACUUCGGUUGAGAUGUUUAGAUAUGGUGAACAUAUGAUGGGCAUUCAAGGUCAUCCUGAGUACAAUAAGGACAUUCUUCUUCACCUCAUUGAUCGCCUUCUGCAAAAGAAUUUCAUUGUGGAUACUUAUGCUAAUGAACUGAGGGCUAAAUUUAUGGAGUCGCGUGAUCCGGACAAAGAGGCAUGGAGAAAGCUUUGUGUUAAUUUUCUCAAGGGAAAAUUGUGAUAGUUACGCCAUAAUUUUUUUUAUAAAAGAUGAUUAUGACAUGAUUGUUGCUUGAUAUGAUGUAUUAGUGAUAUUAAAUAAAUUAGGGAGGGAAACAACAUAGUCGUAAAUGUAUAUACUUGGUAUUGUAAACUAUUGCUCGAUUACUAAUUGUGACGAUAUGAGGAAUGAGGGUUACCAUUAGGUAUUAAUUACUAUAAGGUGGGGGUUUGCUUUGAUUUUUAUUAAUAUUCUUUUGAGGGAUAGGCUUAAUUUGCUUUGA